AUGAAGACACAUGCUGAAGUGUUUUCUAAUUAUGUUCGACAUCAAUCACAGCUCAGGCAGAGUCGGCCAGAACACCGCCAAUCAAGUAAUUGCAUCGCGUGCAUCGACUUUUCGGCCCUCGAUAAUGAUAGGCAUUUUAUUACUCCUAAUGGAGUCUCUAGGGCCGCGGCUAAUGCUCAACGUUUUGUAACAGACCCGCUUUUAAUU